CCCGGACCCCGGGACACCCCCGGGACACCCGUCCUGGCCCCCAGACGGAGCCGGCACAUCCCCGGCACAUCUCCGGACCCGGGGUCACCCCGGUCACCCCCGGACCUCAGCGCGCCGGGGUCGCCCCGGAGCAUCCCCGGGACUCCUCCGGUGCCUUGUCCCGCCCCCGGCCCCACGGCAGGACUACAUCUCCCGGCGGCCCCCGGGCCCGGCCCCGCCGCUCCGUUCCCGCCAUGGCGCCGUUCGAACCGGCGGCGCUGCCCGAGCUGCUCCCGGUCUUCUACCGGCGGCUCUUCCCGCACGGCCCCUACGGCCGCUGGCUCGGCUACGGCGGCGUGGUGAAGAACUACUUCCAGCUGCGGGAAUUCUCCUUCACGCUGCGGGACGACGUGUACGUGCGGUUCCAGUCCUUCAGCAGCCCCCAGGAGCUGGAGCGGGAGCUGCAGAAGAUCAACCCCUACAAGAUCGACAUCGGGGCCGUCUACUCCCACCGGCCCAACCAGCACAACACGGUGCACUUGGGGGCCUUCCAGCCGCAGGAGAAGGAGCUGGUCUUUGACAUCGACAUGACGGACUACGACGACGUCCGGACGUGCUGCAGCUCGGCCGAUAUCUGCUCCAAGUGCUGGACGCUGAUGACCAUCGCCGUCCGCGUCAUUGACCGUGCGCUCAUGGGUGAGGGCCUGGGGGGCACCUGCGGACCCCUGUGCACAUUCAGGGGGGACACGUGGACCCCUGUGCACACACAGACCACGCUCUGCCCCACAGCGAUGCCCAGACCUCAAAGAAGGACCGUUCCACGAUUCCGUGAAAGACCGAGGAAUAGUGAGAAAGCCCCUCAGGAGCGGGUGGAAGUGCGGGAACCCGGCACGGAACCCCCCCGGUGCUGCCCGUGCCCGGCGCGGCUGAGCCGCUGGAUCCUCUCCACGUGCAUCCCGGGCGGGAUCCCGCGCUCCCGGGGAGCCCUAAUUAACUUGCCUUCCUCGGGGCCCUCCCGGGGCCGCUUCAGCGACCCAAAAGCGGCGUGA